ACCCAACACAAAAGCGAAACCAAAACUCACCAGACGCGACGCAAUGCCGCGAAAACACAAUCCAUCGCCAUCACCGGUUCACCACCUCUGCAACAGAACGAAAAUUCUCUCUUUCAAUGGCUGCUUCUCUCAGGAGCACAAUUCCUCGCUAUCCCUCUUAUCUCCUCCCUUGUCUCAUCGGUUGCGUCUCUCUCACUCUCCUUUUCGUCUACCAGGUUGAUAACUUCGCGUCCAGAACUAAAACGGUUGCAGGACACAACUUAGACCCAACGCCAUGGCACAUUUUCCCGCUCAAAAACUUCGAUGAAGAAACUCGCCAAGCUCGAGCUUACAAAAUCAUACAAUGUCAAUUCCUUACUUGCCCAUAUACCAACGACAACACCACUGCGCAACCACGUCGUUCCAAGUCUUCCUCCAAAUUGAGUGCCGAAUGCCCCGAGUUUUUCAGGUAUAUCCAUCGCGAUCUGGAGCCCUGGAGCCGGACAGGGAUAACGAAGAAUCACAUAAUGGAGGCCAAGAAUUUUGCAGCUUUUCGGGUCGUGAUUUUUGGAGGAAGAUUAUAUUUGGAUCUUUAUUAUGCAUGUGUGCAGAGCAGGUUGAUGUUUACGAUAUGGGGAUUGUUGCAGAUGCUGAGAAGGUAUCCAGGGAUGGUACCCGAUGUCGAUUUCAUGUUCGAUUGCAUGGAUAGGCCUAUUAUUAACAAGACCGAGCAUAGCUCUAUGCCUUUGCCACUGUUUCGUUAUGACACCACUGAAGAUCACUUUGAUAUUCCAUUUCCUGAUUGGUCCUUUUGGGGUUGGCCAGAGAUCAAUAUAAGAUCCUGGGGUGAGGAGUUUCAAGACAUUAAACGAGGUUCUCAGUCUAAAAGUUGGUCCAAGAAAUGGCCUCGUGCAUAUUGGAAAGGAAAUCCAGAUGUUUUGUCUCCUCUUCGCACAGAGUUAAUGCAAUGCAAUCACUCUAGGAAGUGGGGGGCACAAAUUAUGCGACAGAAUUGGGAUGAAGAAGCAAGAGCUGGUUUUGAGGGCUCCAAACUAUCAAAUCAAUGUGACUACAGGUACAAAAUCUAUGCUGAAGGCUUUGCCUGGUCUGUGAGCUUGAAAUACAUUGUAUCUUGUGGCUCCCUUGCGCUAAUAAUUUCUCCACAAUAUGAAGAUUUCUUCAGUCGUGGCCUUAUUCCUAAGGAAAACUAUUGGCCUGUUUCUGCGAAUGAGUUGUGUAGGUCGAUAAAGUUUGCUGUCGACUGGGGCAAUGCAAACCCAUCUAAGGCGAAGGCAAUUGGAAAAGCAGGGCAAGAUUUUAUGGAAGCCUUAAGUAUGGAUCGAGUCUACGAUUACAUGUUCCACCUAAUAUCAGAGUAUUCGAAGCUGCAGGACUUCAAGCCUGUCCCACCACCUGAUGCGCUUGAAGCGUGCAUGGAUUCCAUACUUUGCUUUGCUGAGCAGAAAGAAAAGGAAUUCCUUAAAAGAUCUACUGUCUUUCCUUCAGCAACCCCGCCGUGUACCCUCCAGCCUGCUGAUGGCAAUCUUAUUAAGAGUUGGUUGCAACAGAAACAGAGAGCUAUUGAGGAUGUUCGGGAAAUGGAGAAACAGAAUGUGUAAAGUAAAAUAAAUUUGUGCAGGUUUAGAGUUGCUUGUAGUUUGUCUGCUAGGAAUGAUUAUUUUUUCACAGAUGCAAAAACAUAAUUUCAUAAGUGAAAAUCAUUGAUGUACAAACUCAUUUUUUUUUUUCUUGGUAUAAUCAUUCCCAUCGGGCGUAGAGAAUACAUGUUUUUCAAUUUUCCAGCAAA